AUGGCUAUGCAUUACUCUAACUGUGGCCAGAUGAUGACCAAGAAGCGUUGCUUUGUGGCGUUUUCCUUGUGUUCUUGCAGUUUGAACAAGCGGCCUUCCCAAGAUGCACCGAAUAUCUCAGCUGAUGUCGACACCAGUCACGAAUUUGCCUGUGACUUCCUGGAUGGUGACAGUGCCUUUGAAUGCUGCUUGAUGGAUGCCUUAACAGGUUCCCACCAUACCUGUCGCCGAAGUCCCAGGCUCCUCACCAAUGGCUACUACAUAUGGACGGAGGACAGUUUCCUCUGUGACAAAGAUGGUAACAUAACACUGAACCCCUCACAGACUCGUGUUAUGUAUAAGGAGAACUUAGUUAGAAUAUUUAGAAAGAAAAGGAGAUUCCGCCAUUCUCUGUCUUCUCUCUUCAAUAUGAGUGCCUCUGAAUACUGGUUGCGUGGAAGCAGCUGCGGUGAAGCUGACACUCGCCUGAGGAAGGGCACCUGGCUGAAGGGUGUCAGGGGCCUGGAUGCAUCUCACUGCAGUGAAAAUGGAAGUAAUUCUGGCUGCUCUUCUCUGACAGAUGAAUGGGAGUUGGAGGAGGAGCCAACAGAAAAGUCUACGGAAGCUUCCUUUUCCGGCUUUGCCCUAUCUCAUCCUCCCAAGGAAAACUCCCAGUGUUCCUCUCCUUGGGCCCCAUGGAAAGCAUCUGGACAUUUCCAAGAGAGUAUUUUGGAUCGUCCAAAGAUCAGUUUGCUGCGUGAGGUCUCCUUUCAGGCAAUCCUGCUUGUGGCAUGCUUCAUCAUUUCUGUGUGUGCCAGAUGGUGUAUGGGAGGAAUAUCAGCCAGUGUAUUCACAUGCACAUCGGUGAUAACUAUUGCUUAUGUUUUGAAGUCAUUUUUGCUCAGUCUUGCCAACUAUUUCAAAGCCAUCACCUGUUCUUGGUUUGACAAAAGUUGACAAUGCUUUAGGAAUGCCUCCAAUGAAUGUCUUCAAUAUGAACAUCUGGAAAUUGUCUGACUCAAAGCCUACUUAAAAUCACCUCCUUUACUGGAUACCUGAGGAAAAACUAUUUUAAUCUCACUUUUGUUUUUGUGAAAUCUCAGUGUCCCAUCACAAUGGUAAUAUGCUCAUGAGAAUAGUAUGGAUUUCUCUUUCCUUUGUAAAUCCAAAGCAUGUGAAAUGGAGUGGGAAAGUACUGGGAGAUGUGACGGAGAACAGAACAGCAGGAGUGAAUGUUCCCCUCAGAUAGUAGUUCUCACUACUGUUUAUGCAAAUAGUGGUUUUCAGAUGCUGAUUUUUAUUAAAGAAUUUUGUGAGAGGCUCGUAACAGCUCAGAUUCCUGGAGCUGCCAGCAUGUAACUGUGCUUUAAGUGAACAAGAGACAAAUUCAUGUACUCUAUACCAAUGUGAAAGCAAAUCAAUGUGGUUUGCACAUAGACUAUAAAGUUGCAAGAGUUCAUCUUUUCCCCCAAGGAAAUGGCUUGAUGUUAGAUGGUGACAGUCGGCUUGGCUGUGACUUGUCUCCCAAGUGUAGCUGUGUUAAGAAGUGGGACUCCAGGGAUAUCUUUAGGUCACUGGGACACUGCUCUUCGACGGGGUUCAUGUAGUUUUCAUAGGACCUCAGUCAGACCCUGGUCUUUUUCUCUAGCUUCCUGUCUGACCCUAUGAUCUCUCACACAUACUCACACCAUUGUGAUACCACCCACCACAAGGCUCUCACAGAGCCAAGCAGAUGCUGGUGCUAGGCCCUGGAACCUCCAGAACUGUCAGCUAAAUGUGUAAACCUCUUUCCUUCAUUACAGCACAGCCACAAGAGAUAGAUGAAUACCACAGGCUAUUGUUGAUGAAAGACUGGGCAAGAGUGUCAUUUUCUGGGAGGUACGUUCUUUCUUCGUACCAUUUUAUUCUCCAAGUUCUUAACUUUCUUGGAGCUCAGGAUUAUCGUUCACUGAAAUCACAAUUAAAAUAAAUAUAUAACACAGGAAAAAUUGCUAGGGGCAAGACAUAGAGUGCCUUAAAACUUACAGAGAGGGCGGAGUUGUACAACAGACUGGAGGGUUGUACAAGAUGCUCCCUUUUUGUACCUCUCACUUGAUGAAUGCACAGAAAACGAAGAUGGCCUGCCACUCACACUUGUUCUGUGUCACAUCCCCCUACUAGAAACUUCUGUAUGGAGAAAAAUUAUCUUUGCUUGAUAUGGCAAUAUCAAAAUAUCACUUUCUAAAUAUUUUCCUUUUAGCACCCUUUGGGUUGAAAGACAUCAUUAGCAAAUUACAUCACCUUUUCAUGUAUCUAUUGUC